CUUGCUUAGAUCCUUGACAUUGUUCGCGCUCUAUCCCUGCUGUUUCGUUUUCGUUGUCUGGGCAGUCGUUUGGUCUGGCUGGAUGUCGCUAGCCGGGGAUCUUUUGGCAUCCUUUAAAAAGGAUUUGGAAAAUCUCAAGGACAAUGAUAAGUACAAAAUAAAUGCUCUCACUAUCUUCGCUCGUGAUCAUAAAGAUGUCACGGGUGUUGCUCAGAGUAUAGUGGACCUAACUCUCAAGCAUGUACAAAUGGUGAGUUGCGUGGUAUCCUCUUCCCGGUGUGUCCUGUGCACAUCCGCACAGAUGAAAAAAAGACCAAUAAAUUAUUUUGUCAGUUUUGAAUUUUUUUUAACAUAUGGGUGCUGGGUUUGGGCGAAGCGAUAAUUAAUUGCUUAAGCGCUUAAUCUAGCGUUCGUAUGCGGUUUUUUCUAAAGUUGCGGUGUGUCGUGCUUCGUGAGACGCAUACUAUUAGGUCCCGUUAUAAGUAUAGUGAGAAACUUUAGUUGUUCAUCGAUCUUAGUUCACAAACCUUUCAUUACAGAUACCAGCAGGAUUGAAGUUACUUGGCUUGUACGUAAUCGAUUCCAUAGUUAAGAACGUAGGUACUCCCUACAGAAAACUGUAUACUGUCAAUAUCGUUGAUGCUUUUGUACAUUCGUUUCAGUCGAUACGAGAUGAGAAGGGAAGGCUAAAAUUGUACAAUCUGAGGACAACAUGGAAGGAUAUAUUUCCCAAUUCUAGAAUGUACGAAUUGGAUAUUCGGGUUCGAGAGCAUGACCCAGCCUGGCCACUGUUAGCUAGUGCUCCUGAGGCCAAAGCUGCAUUCAGGUCUCUUCCCAGUGUUCCGAAAAUCCAGACAAAGGUAGAGCCGGUGACAGUUGAAGUGAAACCAGAAGCCGUAAUAGAGCGACCAGCUACUAAGACUGUUAUUUCGGCCUCUCGUGACCCACGACUGAAUAGGAAAAGGAAGUCUCCUGAGGAGUCUAUCGCGUCUUCGGAAGAGUUUUUAAUCGACCGUUCGGGUGAUCAGAAAAUGGAAUCUGUGGCACGGAAACAAGGUAAGCAGGCAGAGUCGAGUGAGCUAUCGAAAAAGGUUAUGUUAUUUGGUGGCGAGGACCGUGAUAUGCGUUCCCAAAACACAGUUCCAAUUUCUCCUGCAAGAUCAUCAGCUUGGUCGGACUACAUUGGAAAGCAUAGUGAAGUUUGUUCACGGCGUGAAAACAAAGAUGUUGAUAUGCGUUUUGCUGUAUCGGAACACCCACUCUCAAUUGCUGCAAGUAACGAAAACGCUGAAAUCCUACCCAAGGAACCUGUUGAUAAACCAGUUCCCAAGCAACCCUCUGGUCUUCCUCCAACUACCACUCCUAUUCACAGAUAUGGCAUACCGCCUAGUGAACGAUUAACGCCGAAUGACAUACCCAUGGUGGAGAAUCUCAGUGACAGUACUGCAGACAUGAAUCCACGCUGUGAUUCUCUGGAGUCAGAAAAUAUACCUCGUUACUCAAAAAUGAAUAAUUUCGCACCUAUCAAGGAACAUCUUGCAACACUUCGUAUGCCACCAGAUCCAUUUGUAUCAGACUUUACAAGAGAAAGACCACCUAUAGCUCCGUUGUCCUACCGACCACCUGCAAUACCACACCGCCGGGGGCCGCCAAUUCGUGGACCUGUUUGGAGUGUUGAGAUCAAUGGGUUCCCGGACAUGGUGAACAUCGGUGUUGAUCCUCGCAUGCUUAGUCUUGUUAGUCAUCCUAAGCCACCUAGGCGGAUAACUAUUGAUGGUCAACAGUUUACACUGCUACUGGACAGGGUACAGCCACUAAUAGCGAUAGGAGAUCGGAUUCAUGCUGUAAGGUUUCGGUGUGAAUAUGCUACUGUUGUUAUCGAUGGUCGGUGUUUCAAAAUCCCUAGUACAGGUUUUACUAGAGUUCUCAUUGGGCCCAGAUUCUACGUUGCAUAUUUGGGUGGUCCAGGUCAUGAACUUGUGAUUGAUGGACGUCCACACACGGUUCCUACAACAUCCCAUCUAACUUUCAUAAAUGUUGGUAUUCAUUCAGUUGGAGUAAAGUUUAUUGGCAAUAUACCGAAAAAUGUUAAUGUAUUACCGCCUAUACCUCCUCGUUUGCUUAAGUGGGCAGGUCAAGGUUUGUUUGGCUCACCACGAAACUUGUUUAUGGCACCACUUAAUCCAAUCAAAGAACUUGCACGUUUAGCUGAGGAUGGUGUGAAUCCAAGAAAUCGCGUUCCGUUUGCUAACAGAUCUGUGGGGAACGGUAUGCGCCCUCCACCUGUCAGUUCCAUGGAUACUUCAAACACUAAUGAUCAGGUUAGUUGUGUAACAGUUCCAGAGCCUGUUGUGGAUGCAAAAAAUAGCCCUGGGAAUUCUGUGCAAGUCAAAGAAGAAAGUUCGAUGAAUGCAAAUGCUCCGCAUAACAUUGAUGUACAUGAACUAUUUCAAAAACUGGUUAAAGCUGGUAUAGUGCCGAAAAUAGAAUCUGAAAAGACAGAACCUCCUGAGCUAAGAAGUUAUAGCUGGGAGCAUUUCAAGAACCCGUACAACUUGGAGAUAGAUGCGAUGUAUAAUGGUCACCAAUGUGGUCAGUGUGGUCUGCGUUUUCAGAGUGAUCUUUCGCCCGAAUUUGCAAAGCAUCUAGACUAUCACUACAUGAAGAAUUCAAGUUAUGGGCAGGAACGACGUAGUCGGAAUUUCUACCAGUCGCUACAAUAUUGGUUAAUCACAGAAAUGACGCGAGAAGGUGCACCACAAUUCGAAUCAAGCAGUCCAAUUCAUGAUUUGCAGGAGUACAAGUGUGCCGCAUUUGCAGACCCCUCUAAAAAUGUGUGUGCAGUGUGUUAUGAGAAUUUCGAAGUAGUUUGGGAUCAUGAAGAAGAGGAAUGGAUGCUACAAGAUGCUAUUCGAGUUGACGAUAAAGCCUAUCAUCCUAUAUGUCAAGAAGAUGCCGGAAAAGAAUUUUCUAUUAAAGAUGUAAGUUGAAGUUUUAUGUACUUAAUUUAAUUAUAUUUUGUAAUACAUAUCAGUAUCUUCUACUAACGGCAUUGUGAUUACGACAAAGAAGACUACUUUCCUACUCAGAAAAAUAAUUGUGUGAAAUUAAGCUUAGGGAGAGAUGGACUUUAUCCAGUCCUUAAAAGUGUUUUGCUAGAAGAACUUAGAAAGGAUGUAUUAUUUAUCGUCUCGGAUUUAGUGUCUCUCACCUCAUGUUGUAGGUCAUCGGGAUUUCAUAGACGUAGUCCUCCCAAAAAUGAAUAUAUUUGUUAAAUCCUAAUUAAGUAGAAAAAUAAGUUUCUUCAGAGAUCCUCUGAAGAAGCUGUUGCCAUCAAGUCUCAAAACGUUAGAGAUAUAUUUUUCUAGUUGUUAUUCAUCGAAGACUGACAUCAGUUGGAGGAACAAAGGAAACCUGGGAGCACUGGACAGCUGUUUCGUCCUAGUAUGGGACUCCUCAGCAGUGCGCACCCACGACCCCACCAGCAGGGACCGAACGCGCGACCUUCAGGUUGCGCGGCCAGCACGUUACCAUUGAGCCACUGGGUCAGAAUCCAAUGCUCCAUAUUUCCAACUUCUGUUAGCUGACGAUAUAGCGCAAACCGCCACCCAAUGUCAUCGUUGAGUAUUUGUCCUGAUGGCCAUCAGGCUUUGACUCCACCGGUCACGACUUGUGAUUGGAACUUCGGGAAUACUUCUCAAAGCUAGUCACCAAUGAGCACCAGUUCAAUUAAAUUUUUUGAGGGGGUUGUGGAGAUUUGGAAAUAUUUCAAGUUGUUAUUCAUCGAAGACUGUCAGUCUGACAUUGUGUAAUCAGACUUUUCGUGUUAAAACCUUGUCAAAAGUCAUCUGUAGAUUAGUGUCAAACUUCUCAACAACUUUUCACUUGUAAUUUUUCAAACAACGGAGAAGCUUGUUCAGUCGGAAGAAGGGAAAUCAAAAGGUAUUUCACUGAAGGCGAAUUUAUUUUUGAAUGGACAUUUUCGGGGUUGUACAUUCUUUUACGUAGUCAGAACAUAUUUAUUAUUGAUUGAUAAACCACCACAAAGGUAUUGUAAAUGUUUGAGAGGAGACUAGAGAAUCAUUUCUGGAAUCAAAGAAGCAUACAGUUAAUUAAACGUGCUAAAGAUGUUUAGUACUCUGAAAAGACGAAGCUAAUAUAUGCGAUCUGUAAUGAGUAAUGAAAAACCACUAUGUUGUGUAGAGAGAAGAAAGCAAAUGGAAACCGUGGUGAAGGUGGAAGAAAUUAUUGAUGUUGGAUGCGAGAAAUUAGAUUCGUUACUCUAAUGUGCCAAUGUUGUCAGUGUAGCGCUGUUGUCCUUUGGUCUAGGUACUUGGUUUCCAACCGAAAGGUCACUAGUUUGAAUCCAGCUCUACCUAUCAAGGUCUAGACAGUCGGGCAACUAUUAUUAGUCCCCAUACAAUAGCUGUGGCUCAUCGCCUACUUCAUGAAUGUUCACAAGGUUGUUUAGUGGAUUCCUAUUUUUUGGCGAUUGCGUUGUCGGUGAAUUUAGUAUGCAUAAGUGGUGAGCCAAUCAUUUUAACUCUGUCAGUAAUUUCGAAAUAUAAGUGACUAAGUACUCCGUAGUUAAGCUGUUGAUUGAUUUGUAUUUUCUCGUGAGAUUCAUCUCAUCUAAAUAGUCACCUUAAUAUAGGCAGAUAAAGACUGUUGUGGUACAGAUUAACCACUUUCCUUUCAUAUAUCAAUUAGAGAUUCAGAGAAAGAUGAAGGAUAAAUGCAUCCUUGUUUUGUGAUUUAUUCUGAACCAUAGCAAUUUUUAUGUUAUUGUCUCAUAGACCGACAGCAAGAAACCUGUAUUCACAUGGGUAACGAAAUCUGUGGAUGAGCAUGCGUAGUUCUCGUGUACUCAUUUUAUUAGAGAAUAUAUCAUGACUGAUUUUACCGUAACUAACUAUUGAGUAUUUACAUGCACUUUAGGAAAAAAAGCUCCCGUCACCUACAGCCGUUGAAAAUACUCCGGACACAACUUCUCCAUCUGAGAAUAUCAAAGAAGAUCCAGGCGAUGAAAACGCAUUUACUUGUGAUGAUUUUUCAACGAAUACAGCUAUUCCUGGUCUUUCACCGUCUACAUCUCCAUCACAAUCUGACACAGAAAUGCUGAUUAAAACAGAACCUGAAUGUGAAUUCAGUUCCCCAGUGAAAACUGAAUCGAUUUUGUCCAAUACAACAAUCAGUGCAGAUCCUUUGGCUGCAUUAAAAGCUGUCUUGAAGGGUGAUAUAUCUUCACUUAGCUUACAACCUCACUGACAAUUCAGCUAUUUACUCAUUAUUCUAUUAUGUACAUAAUAAUACUACAGAUUUAUGCUCAUAUGCUUGUGUGUAUGAGUUCAUAUGGUUUAACGUGUAAAUAAUUUAAUAAAGUACAUUAUUCUCAUAAUGUGGUUGAAAACAGUCUAUUAAAUACACGGUUUCUAAGC